CUCUGUGCGCGGCCUUAUAAAUGGCAAAAAUGCUACAGAUGUACCAUUUGCGCACACGCGGACAAAAUAUAUCAGCUAUGGCCGCGCUGUAUGGCGUAAGCACUAGCCUACCUAACAAUAAUGGCGCCACCCAGGUUUUCAAGCUCAUCAUCGCCUGUAUUUUCAUUCAAACCACAACCCACUUAUAUAUGGAGCACUUCCUAAAUUCUUUUGAAUUCAGUUCCUAAAUUCUGUUUUGGUUCCAAAAAAACCCUGCAUGGCUGUGCGGAUUUUUACAUAGCCUGCAAAGGCCGCCGCCGCCGCCCGAUGCUAUUUUCCGAUUUCCGUACGUAGGGUUUUUGAGGUGGAUUUUGGGCGAGAGCCGUCGCGGUUCAGUUUUCCGUGUUCUCGUGAUUAUUUUAUUCAUUUUUUUCACUCUUUUUGGUUACGGAAAUCAUUUGGUGCUGCUCUGUGGGCAAUUGCUCUCUGGCUCAGCUUAGAGUUUGUGUACUGCUUAACCCGUCGAUAUGCCUGGGAACAAGUUCAACGAUGACGAAAAAGUCCUCGAUACGCGUGUCGGGAGGCUCUUGAGGGAGAGGGAAGUCAGGGAACUGAGAAGGAGCAACAGAACUCCUUCCUUUGCUGAUGGGUUCGAUGGCUGGCGAGGGAUUGAGGCACCCGAAAACAACGUCUCGGGGGCUUCAUCCUACGUGGAGCAGUACAUAGAAGCAGCUGUACAAGCACUUAAUGAAGGGUGGGAUAAACCUGAAGGCAGGCCUAUAAAGCAGAGACUGUUAGUUGUUGCUAAUAGACUUCCGGUUUCUGCCGUUAGGACAGGUGAGGAGUCUUGGUCGUUGGAGAUAAGCGCCGGUGGUCUAGUCAGCGCUCUUCUUGUAACUGAACUUUUUUCGUUUUUCAAUUUGUUUACUCAGAGGUGCAUACCUGUUUUCCUUGAUGAGGAGAUUGUUCACCAGUACUACAAUGGAUAUUGCAACAAUAUAUUAUGGCCUCUUUUCCACUAUCUUGGGCUCCCACAAGAAGAUAGACUUGCAACAACCAGGAGUUUUCAGUCCCAAUUCGCUGCGUACCAAAAGGCGAACCAAAUGUUUGCUGACGUUGUUCACAGACACUAUGAAGAGGGUGAUGUCGUUUGGUGUCACGACUACCACCUAAUGUUCCUUCCGAAAUGUCUGAAGGAAUACAACAACGAGAUGAAAGUUGGGUGGUUUCUACACACUCCCUUUCCAUCUUCUGAAAUCCACCGAACUCUGCCAUCUCGAUCUGAACUGUUACGUGCAGUUCUAGCUGCUGAUUUAGUUGGUUUCCACACGUAUGACUAUGCGAGACAUUUUGUAAGUGCAUGCACCCGUAUUCUUGGACUGGAAGGUACUCCUGAAGGAGUUGAGGAUCAAGGAAAACUAACUCGUGUGGCUGCUUUCCCUAUAGGAAUUGAUUCAGAAAGGUUCAUCCGUGCCCUUGAAGUUCCUCAAGUCAAGGAUCACAUUAAAGAAUUAAAAGAAAGGUUUUCUGGAAGAAAGGUAAUGCUUGGUGUGGAUCGUCUUGAUAUGAUAAAAGGAAUCCCGCAAAAGAUACUGGCAUUUGAGAAAUUUCUGGAGGAAAAUCCAUACUGGCGUGAUAAGGUUGUUUUGCUGCAAAUUGCUGUGCCAACAAGAACCGAUGUUCCUGAAUAUCAGAAACUUACAAGCCAAGUUCAUGAAAUUGUUGGGCGUAUCAAUGGAAGAUUUGGAACUUUGACUGCUGUCCCAAUUCACCAUCUGGAUCUCAUAUGGAAGACCAGCAUGAUCGUUCUCUUGACUUCCAUGCCUUGUGUGCUCUGUAUGCUGUCACAGUUUGCUGGGGCUGCUCAGUCUCUUGGAGCUGGAGCAAUUCUGGUAAAUCCAUGGAAUAUCACAGAGGUGGCUGCUGCAAUAGGCCAAGCUCUAAAUAUGCCUGCUGAAGAAAGAGAAAAACGACAUCGCCAUAAUUUCGAGCAUGUCACAACUCACACUGCUCAACAAUGGGCUGAAUUCUUUGUAAGUGAAUUGAAUGAUACAGUUAUAGAAGCACAGCAGAGAAUAAGAAAAAAUCCACCCCCACUUGUAUUCAGUGAUGCAAUCAAGCGUUUCUUGCAGUCUAAUAACCGGUUACUUAUACUGGGUUUUAAUGCUACACUGACUGAACCAAUCGAAACUCCUGGAAGAAGGGGAGAUCAGAUCAAAGAAAUGGAACUGAAAUUGCACCCCGAGCUGAGAGCUCCUCUAACAAUGCUUUGCAGUGACCUGAAUACAACAAUCUUGGUCCUCAGUGGAAGUGAUAGAAGUGUCCUAGAUGAUAACUUUGGGGACUACAACAUGUGGUUAGCAGCUGAGAAUGGAAUGUUUCUAAGAUCAACUAAAGGAGAAUGGAUGACGACAAUGCCAGAACACUUGAAUAUGGAAUGGGUCGACAGUGUAAAACAUGUUUUCGAGUAUUUCACUGAACGUACCCCAAGAUCACAUUUUGAGCGUCGCGAGACCUCACUAGUAUGGAACUACAAGUAUGCGGACGUUGAAUUCGGAAGAUUACAAGCUAGAGACAUGCUGCAACAUCUCUGGACUGGUCCGAUUUCUAAUUCUUCAGUUGAUGUUGUCCAAGGAAGCCGCUCAGUCGAGGUUCGAGCUGUCGGUGUCAGUAAGGGAGCGGGUAUUGACCGUAUAUUGGGAGAGAUUGUUCAUAGUAAAGCCAUCUGUACACCAAUAGAUUAUGUCUUGUGCAUAGGUCACUUCCUAGGAAAGGACGAGGAUGUGUACACGUUUUUCGAACCAGAGCUUCCACCUGAUAACUUGGGUUUAUCGAGAAGUAAAUUGACCGAUGCAAUUAAGCUCUCGGUUGAUAAAAGGCAGUCCACAAAGCUUCCUUCCGGAAGAACAAACUCAAAGGCUUAUCAGACAAAGAGCCAUCAGAAUCACUGUCCAAACUCGGAAAAAAAAUCGACAACUAGUAAUGGCAAGCGUUCAUCGAGCGAAAAUACUUCUUGGAAUGUACUCGAUUUGAAAAAGGAGAAUUAUUUUUCGUGCGCUGUUGGCCGGACUCGUACGAAUGCACGGUAUCUUCUCAACAGUUCGGAUGAUGUGGUUAUGUUUCUCAAGGAACUGACUCAAGCAGCCUUCACAAACUAGUCUUUCAUCAUAUCGAGCUUGUAGUUGUAAUGCUUCUUCAGCACAUGAAAUUUCUAGACGUUCAAGCUAUGGGAACCUUUGUAAUCAUAGAAGCUAAAUAUCUGUUGAAUUUAUUCUCUAAAGUGCACUUAUGAUGGAUUAGUAAAUGGCAUGUGGGAUGGACGUGAUCCAUGAUUUAUAUAUUUUGGUGAUUUCAAUUUUUUUUUUAUUUAUAUGGUUUCUUUGA